AGGAACUGCAAUAAGAUGGCAUCUGUGCUCCAGAAUGUCAAAGCAACAAUGGCCUGGCAGAAACACCAGCUCCUAGCUGACUUUGAUGAAAAUGAAAGCCCUGUGCCUGAGAAAUUCAAGAGAAAGGCUGCUCUGAGUUCUCUCAAUAACAUCUGCAUGUCCCUAAGGAAACGAGCACCAUUAAAGCGAGUAGAGCUGAAUUUUCAUAACACCCCAACUAGGGAAAGUCUGGAAGCAAGACAGAGGUGCCAAACUCUUCAGACUAUUAAAAGAACAGCAAAAAGUGCAUUUGGAACAGUGUCCCAGAAAAUACAGAAGUCUUGCCAAAGCCCAGUACAGUCAAUGGUGACCUUUCCAGCUGAAUCCAUCAGCAGAAGCUGUACGACCAGUUCCACCAAGAAAAAAAGUACUAUACCUCAAACCCCUUGCUAUAAGACUGUUACUCCAGCAGCCAGUUCCAAAGGCAUCCCAAGGUCCAGCAAAAGGACCUUGCUUGGGCCAGCAAGGGUGUCAGAACAUGGGGAACGGAGGGAAUUCUCAUCCUGGCUUCUUGAAAAUGCCGUCUCUCUCCGGAGAUCAAGAAGAGCAGCAGCACUGAAGAGCCCUUAUUCAUCACCUGCUCCUGCCAGAAAGAUAGAACGUAACUGUAAGUUGGAACUGGUCUCCUCAGGGAUUUGCCAACUGAAGCGUAUCUCCCAGGCGUUUGAUGAUGCUCUUGUGAAAGAGGAGAGGCAACAAGCAACAUCAAACUAUUACUAUCUAAUGGCAGAAAACUUACCUCCUGUGUGUCGAUCCCUGAAACCUUCUCAAGCUAGCAGAAGGCAAGCAAAGAAACUCCAUCAAGCACUUGGUACCUAGACAGAGACUGUAACUACUGUUAGUUUAUGAGCAUAUAUAAAUGAGAGGUUUGUGUAGCACCCAAAAGGGUGCACUCUAUACACUGAACAAGCCACUACAUUUUAUAAUCUUUCUUGACAAAGCAGCUCAGGACUUCCCUUGCUUUCUCUUCAACUGUAGAGCAGAAUUAAAGUGGUACCAACCAUAGUGUAUUAUCUCCUGCUGAGACAAGGGAACCAUCUUGAAUGUGACUUUCAUGAGGCAGUAGGUACUUUGAUGUUGAACUGACCAGAAGGAAUGGCCAAAGCAAGGGCCACAGACUUAUGAAGGGUAAUCCUAAGUAAGAGGAGUGUAUAGACUCGUAUCCAAUUGCCAUGAGUUUUAGCACAAGUACUUUAUGUACAAAAGUUUGGUCCAUUAUUUUGAAAGCCUAACAUUUUUUUAAUAUAUGAACAAACUAAAAGGUAAGCAUCAUGUUUAGCUGGAAGUUAAUAAAACAGUAGUGGCUUCUUUAAGUUUUGACCACAACUGC